CUUCAUGUUGCGAGCCAUUCGGCAUGCGCCAAUCUUGUCGAAGCGGGCAGGAUUUGACUCUGCCCGCGUCACUAUCAGAUAUGUGUCCAGCAAUAGUACAGGCACGGCCACAACGUCAGAGCCGGCUGAUGUCGUCUCGCCGCUGAAGAUCACUCUUCGCGAGUAUCAAGAAGAGUGCAUUCAAUCUGUUCUAUCGUACCUCGAGAAAGGCCACAAGAGGCUGGGAAUCUCCUUAGCUACAGGAAGCGGUAAGACUGUCAUUUUCACCCACUUGAUCGAUAGGAUUCCAGCCGUAAACGAUGCAUCACGAACUCUUGUACUUGCCCAUCGCCGUGAACUUGUCGAACAAGCGGCCCGUCACUGUAGUCUCGCUUAUCCGGACAAAUAUGUAGACAUUGAGAUGGGGAACCACCAUGCGUCUGGCGCUGCAGACAUCACCGUGGCUUCGAUUCAAAGCAUCAUGUCUGGGGAUAGGUUGCUGAAGUUUGACCCGACCAAGUUCAAGCUCGUACUUGUCGAUGAGGCACACCACAUUGUCAGCAGCCAAUACUUAGAGCUGCUUAAACAUUUCCACCUGAGAUAUAGUUCCGACUGGAACCAGGUGCCGGCUCCAGCACUCGUCGGCGUAUCUGCCACCUUCUCACGAUUUGACGGGCGGAAACUUGGCGCGGUCAUUGACCACAUCGUAUAUCACCGUGAUUAUGUGGAUAUGAUCGAGGAAAAGUGGCUCUCGGAUGUCAUGUUCACCACUGUGGAGAUUAAGGCUGAUCUUGACAAAGUUCAAUCAGGCGCCAAUGGCGAUUUCCAAACCGCGGCAUUGUCCAACGCCAUCAACACGAAUGAGACCAAUGAGCUUGUAGUGAAAACUUACCUAGCUCGUGCGAAAGAGCGAAGAUCUACAUUGAUAUUUUGUGUCGAUUUGCAGCAUGUUGCAGAUCUCACGACGAAAUUUCGAGAGUUCGGUAUACAGGCCGAAUUCGUUACUGGAGACACUCCCAAGAGGGUUCGAAGCGAAAGAGUCGAUGCUUUUCGUAAUGAGGAAUUCCCCGUGCUACUCAAUUGCGGCGUGUUCACGGAAGGAACUGAUAUUCCGAACAUCGACUGUGUUAUCCUCGCUAGGCCGACAAAAUCUCGAAACCUAUUAGUGCAGAUGAUUGGUCGAGGUAUGCGCUUGCAUGAAGGAAAGCAGAACUGCCAUGUCAUUGAUUUGGUCGCUGCACUGAGUACUGGAGUCGUUUCUACUCCAACGCUGUUCGGACUCGACCCCGAUGAGAUUGUUGAAAAUGCGAAUGUAGAAGCCAUGACCGAGAUCAAAGCUAGGAAGGAGUCUGAAGCAGAGCGGAAUGCUUCACUGAAGGGCACCACAAAGCAAAAUGUGUCGAAGAAACUGCCAGGAACUGUAACAUUCACAGAUUAUGACUCCGUACAUGAUCUUAUUGCGGAUGACUCAAACGACAAGCACAUACGAAAGCUCAGCGAAUACGCCUGGGUAGGCGUAGGAGAUGGGAAAUAUGUCUUGACCACCAACAGCGGAAAUUACCUGUAUCUGGAACCCUCCGAGAACGGGGCCACCUUUUCAGUAAAAUACUAUCGUAGAUUGCCCGCAGGCGUCAAGUCAAAAAGUCCAUAUGCCACGCCAAAGACUGUCGCACAGGGGGAGUCCUUUGAACAUACCGUACAUGCAGCGGAUACAUUUGCUGUAGAGGUCUUCGACCAUAUGUGGAUAUACAAGAAUCAAUCUUGGCGUCGUAGCAGAGCAUCGCAAGCCCAGGUCGAUUUCCUGAACAAGUAUCGACCGGAAGACGAUCAACUACACCCCAAAGACCUUACCAAGGGUAAGGCUGCAGACAUGCUCACUCGAAUCAAGCAUGGUACGACAGGCAGAUUCCUCAAGGCAUCAGCUAAAAAGAAGGCCGAAGAUCGUAGUCGAGAGCGAGCACAAACUUUGAAGGAACGAAUGCAGGGAAAGGUCAUGGUGGGACCCUUGUUUGAUAUCAGUUAGGCCAACAGAGAUGAUCAUCUAUGUACUGCCACAUGCGGCAGUACAUUAUUAUGAUCUAUGUGUACCAAUCUUACUAUAUUGCCCUCUG